UUCCCGCGCUUGGACGUGUAUAAUCGUUGACUGAUCUAGCUGAAAUAUCUUGAGAAAAUAUAUUGAUUUUAAAUUCGAUUAAUUUUGGUAUCGCAAUCAAAAGCAUUAUUGUAAUACGAUAUACUACGAUAAGAAGAGAUGGCAAAUAACGGUGUCGAGCUCGAGAAAUCAUUGCAAGAAACGACCCAGGACGUGGAGCAGAAGAUGAAUGAAAAGGCAAACGAAGAACACGAGGAAUAUCAGUAUUUGAGACUUAUCGAGAAGGUUAUUCAGAGUGGAGCAAAGAAGAGUAAUCGCACUGGUGUCGAUAGUUAUUCUAUUUUCGGCACGCAAAUGCGAUUCAGUUUACGAGAUGGUGUUUUUCCAUUACUGACAACUAAACAAGUGUUCUGGCGAGCAGUGGUUGAAGAACUAUUGUGGUUUAUCAAAGGAUCGACAAAUUCCAAAGAAUUGUCGAAUAAGGGUAUUCACAUUUGGGAUGAAAAUGGUUCACGGGCUUUCUUGAAUUCCUGUGGCUUCACUGAUAGAGAGGAGGGUGAUUUGGGACCUGUCUACGGUUUUCAGUGGCGGUACUUUGGUGCUGAAUACAAAAACAUGUACACGGAUUACACAGGACAAGGAAUAGACCAAUUGAAAGAAGUCAUUCACAAAAUAAAGCAUUCUCCUGAGGACAGACGUAUUAUAAUGUCAGCCUGGAAUCCGGUUGAUAUUUCAAAGAUGGCAUUGCCGCCGUGUCAUGUUUUUGUACAAUUUUAUGUAAAUAACGGAGAAUUGUCCACGCAGCUUUAUCAAAGAAGCGCAGACAUGGGUUUAGGAGUGCCGUUUAACAUAGCGUCGUAUUCUUUGCUGACUUACAUGAUCGCUCAUGUUACUGGAUUGAAGCCAGGAGAAUUUGUACAUACAAUGGGAGACUGCCACGUCUACGUCAACCAUAUAAGCGCCCUUAAGGAACAGGUAAAACGCGAACCGCGCGAGUUUCCAAAAUUAAAGAUAAUUAGAGAAGUUAAAGAUAUUGAUGAUUUCAUUGCCGAGGAUUUCAAAUUGAUAGAUUACAAUCCAUACUCCAAACUCUACAUGAAGAUGGCUGUCUGAACUACCUCGCUUGAAUAAGCUUAAUCCUCUGAAAGAUCUAUGUAAUUUACAUUUUGUUCUCAUUCAUUAAUGAAGCUUUACAACUAUUGUAUGAUUCUUUAAUAGAACUGAUUCCUCUUAUACUUAGUUUCUCACUAGACAUAAAUGUAUAACCAAUCAUAUUAAAGAAUUUUACAGUUAUAAAGCUACUUUUUUUGCUGAAUGCAGUCCUUAAUUUUCCUAUUUAAUGUACUUAACUGAUAAACGAACGUACUAGAAACUAGUCUUUCUAUAGUAUUUCUGAUCAGUAUUAAGAUACACCGAUUAAGUGAUAGUACUUUCAAUUAUACAAUAUUUUUAACUUGAGAGAUAUAAAAAAAUUACCUUAAUAUAGCUCGAUUUCUCUUUGUAUAUGGGCUGAUGUUAAAAGUGAUGAAUUAUAUAUCUUAUAUUGUAACCUCCUAGCUAUACAUAUAUCAUAAGUAAAGUCUUAUAUACGCAUAUACAUCUAUGCUAGUAUGUAUAUAUGUGUAUAUUUAACUAAACUUAACUUUUUAAGAGAAAUUAUGUUUUUUUUUUCAAUAAAUCUUGUACCUUAAGUAUAUAUCAAUAUCUUCAAUACCCAUCACAUGUAAUUCAUGCAAAUCUAUCACGAUUUGUUUCUUUAUUCCAAUAAAAAUUAUCGCACGCGCUAUUCCAACUUCUAUAUUACACAAAUUUAAUUUUUUUUCCGGUCGAUUAUGAUCGACAAGUAUGGACGAUCGCAAAAGGCCUUAUAUAAGCAGCUUCUAUAAGUAUAACAAAAUUAUGUAAUUCUAUAUAUAAUAUGUAUAAAUUCGUUAUUUUUUAAAUAUAAAUC